AUGCCUAAAAUUAUUUUACCCCAAGGUUAUAGACCUGCUAAUGAGGAAGAAUAUAUGAAUCCUUAUCAAUUAGAAUAUUUUAGGCAAAAGCUCCUUACCUGGAAAAACUCUUUAUUAGAGGAAUCCCGCGAGACAUUACUUCACCUAAAAGAAGAAAAUUGGAAUGAGCCUGACCUUAAUGAUCGUGCUUCCAUUGAGUCGGAUACAGCAAUUGAACUACGUACUAGGGAUAGGUAUCGUAAACUUAUUGAUAAAAUUGAUGAAGCUAUGCUGAGAAUAGGUAAGAAUGAGUAUGGGUAUUGUGAAGAGACGGGCGAACCAAUAGGACUAAAACGUUUAGAAGCGAGACCGGUUGCAACUCUUUGUAUUGAAGCACAGGAACGUCAUGAAAACUAUGAAAAACAGCAUAUUAUUAUGAUGCAACAAGAACAAGAUCGAAAGAAGCAAAUGCUUGCCUUAUAUGAUAAAUAUAUGGUAUUUGCGGGUAUAUUAGGGCAAUAUUUAUUUUAUGCUCAAGCAUAUAAAGUGUUUACUACUCAAAGCGCAGGCGAUUUAUCACUUGAUGGUUUUCUGGUCGUGAUCAUUGCUACUUUAAGCUGGUUAGGGUAUGGAGUAGCUGCAUUAAUAGUAGUAAUGUCCGUUAUGAACGGUUUUCAUCAUGAAUUAACCAAAAAUAUUAUAGGUCUAAGCGGCGAUAUUACCAUUAAUCCUCUAAAACGUUCUAUUACCGAUUAUAGUCAGGCUCUUGCUGUUGGCCCUAGAAUAAAUAGUGGGGUAAUUAUUAGAGGAUUAGAUUUAGCAGACCUAAAAUAUAAAAAUGAAAUUCUUCAUAAUACUAAUGCAGGUAGUUUUAAUGAUUUUACCAAUAAAGAUGUAGUAGCAGUAGGAAUCGAGCUGGCUUACAGUUUAGGACUACAAGUAGGCGAAAAAAUAAAGCUGAUUUCUCCAAAUUCAAUUUCUACUGUUUUUGGUAGUAUGCCUAGGGCAAAGGAAUUUAUAGUUAUUGCUAUCUUUACUAGCGGUAUGUAUGAUUAUGAUGCUGCUACAAUCUUAAUGCCUCUUAUAGCUGCUCAAAAUUUCUUAACUUUUGAGCAAGAUAUUAAUUUGAUCGAAAUAAAAACAAUCAAGCCUGCAAAUGCUGAAAUAUAUGCUUUACAGAUACAAAAGCUUUUAGGUGCAGACCUUAAUGUCAAUAGUUGGCAAAGAACUCAUGUACAGACUUUAAGCGCUCUAGCAGUUGAGAGAGUGGUUAUGUUCACUAUUCUGUCGUUAAUAAUUAUGGUAGCUGCUUUUAACAUUGUCUCGAGUUUAGUUAUGCUAGUUAAAGAUAAAGUAUCAGAUAUUGCGAUCUUGCGUACUAUGGGCGCUACUACUCGACAAAUUAUGCUAAUUUUUAUUUGUAAUGGUAUGUUAAUUGGACUGCUAGGGACAGGUUUAGGAUUUGUUUAUCAGCACCAUCAUUUAUUGAAAGAUUUUACAGCUUUAGAAAAUGUAGCUAUGCCUAAAUUAAUAGCAGGCAGUGAUUAUCAAUUAGCCCUUCAAGAAGCAGAAAAAUUACUGACCGAUUUAGGUUUAGCAACAAAGAAGAAUAAUAUGCCUGGUGAAUUAUCAGGAGGACAACAACAAAGAGUGGCUAUCGCUAGAGCUUUAAUUAAUAGCCCAUCAGUUGUUCUGGCUGAUGAACCCACCGGUAAUUUAGAUUCAAUUGCGGCUGGAGAAGUUUUUGAGUUGUUUCUUAAUCUGACUAAGCAAAAAAAUACUGGUAUGGUUAUGGUAACUCACAAUCAUCAGUUAGCAUAUAAAAUGCAUAGAGUGUAUGAGUUGAGGGAGGGAAUGCUAUACAUAGUCAAUUAAUAUAAAUUUUUGGUUGUAUGAUCACUUGUUGCUCUUCUAGCGUAUCACUGCUUUGCGCUUCCCUCCCAGCCCCUAAUUUAACUUAAUUGAUUAUGAGUAUACUGCUCGUACUCCACAAACCCUUAUUGUAUUUGGCCGUGGCGAGCGCGGAGCGUACAUUUCAGUAUAUGAGCACAUAAGUUUACGAUAAUAUCCAAUUCUUGAAAGAUGAGUAGUAUAAAUUAAUAAUAUGUUUUUUCGUAGGUUCUGAUCGUCUACGGUAUUUAGCUCUAUAUCAUUAUUGCAAUAAUAUUAAAGUUUUAUAAUUUUCGAAAUUAAGAAUUAUUGACUCACAUUUUUAUAAAUGCUAACAUAAAACUAUAUACGUACUAAGCAAUUACAAAUUUUUAACUUAAUUUAGUUCAAAUUUAUUUGAUAAAAAUAACUAUUCUUAAUAUAAAUACAUUAACUUAUAUUAUAAUAGAGAAUAAAGGAUAAUUGAAUUUAAGUUAAAUUCAAUUAAAUAUUAGGGAAGCUACAAUGAUUGAUAAAAAUACAACUCACUUACUGGACAUGAUGAAAAAUUUUAUGAAUCCAGAAUUUUAUAUAAACUCUCUAAAAAGCCUCCCUGCUACAGAUUUUACUACUAUGUCGGACACAAUAAGUAAAAGUGCAAAAAUAAUGUCUACUACUACCCAGAUUGCAGCCGAAUCUCUACAGUCUAUGAUACAAAAAAAUUCCGAAGCUUUCCAGUUGGGGACUAUGAAUAUGCUCAAUUCAGCAAAAGAAGCGAUGUCUUCAGGAGACUUAAAUCAAGUCAGAGACUUUCAACAAAAAUAUUUUAAAUUUGCUUGCGAAACUUCUAUUAAUAAUGCUAAAGAUUUUGCCAAUAUGGCUUAUGAUGCGUCAUCUAAAAUAAUUGAUACCGUAAAUGACGUCGCUGAGGAAGUAUCACAAAACUGGGAGAAUAUGGACCAGAAAGUUUAAAUCUAUUGUAGUAUAUAAUAAUCAGGUAGAAAGUACGCCCUCAACCUGAUUGUUGCGAUAUCGGUACUGAAUUCGCUAUAAUUUACUUAUACCGAAUUCAGGUUUGAUCAACAGUUUGGAAGUUAAACAUUUGCAAGUCACUAUUUUUUAUAAUCUCUCAAAUUCCUUAAAAGUAAAAUUAAUCAUGAAAAAAUGUACUACAAUAGCCCUGUAAUAAUUAACCUUAAUUCAAUAAUUACGGAUAAAAGGCUAUUUUAUCCGUUUUUCAUUAUAACGCUAGAAUUUGUAAUAAUAUUCUUAGACAAUUUUCCAAAAAAAUAAAAGAUAUGGCUAUUACUUCCUUUGUUAAUUUGUUGCGUAAAAAUAGUUAUAAAAAUUUACAUCUAUUUUUAGUCGGAAUCUGCAUUUUUUCUUUGGCUUUUGCGUAUAUUAUAGAAUAUAUAUUAGGGAUUAACCCCUGCCCCUUAUGCAUAUACCAAAGAUUUCCUUACUUAUUUAUCACCAAAAUCUCUUUUGUGGCUUUAAUAAUCAAAUAAAUAGGUAAAUAUGAUGUAUUUGUUGUUGUUUUAAACGUCCUAGGGGGUUGGAUGGGAGUUGUUGAUGAGAGUGGGAUAGUGAGGGGAGUAUGUGGGC